CAUGUGUGAACACUCCUAAAUCGGAAUUACAAAGGGUGUUCCUGUUCGUCCGAUUGAACCGAUAUUGCUUGAAUGCAGCAUAAAUGUUACUGGCAGCCAUGGUAACCGUGAGACGCUAAACUAAACUGAAACAUGGCGCGGUGUAUGGUACUAGAUUAGCUAGGGGGCUAACGUAAAUAGCAUGUUUAUAUGAUAUGUUUUGCCAAAAAACUCUGGUCUAUAUUAAUUCUGUGUAAUCUGUGUUUGUUUGGCAGUUUGUUGUCUGUGAGUAUUUACUCACGUUAGUCCUCCGGGCGCACCCAUUCAGUUACAUCUAUGCUAGCAUGAGCAUUAGCUACCUAGUGUUAGCUAGCUAGCCGACUGAUUUGAUAACACUGGUGAUUACGAACGCUAUUUAUGUCAUUACCUAUGGCUUUCUAUGACGUAUAUUCUCACCCGGCUUUGAUUCGGUACAAAACGAGUGUUUGCUCGAAAGCCACACUGUUUCUGGCUGUUGUUUUGUGCCUUACCUACAUCUCACCUCUGCUCGUUGCCUACAGGAGCCAAGGUUUCUGGCUCAAAAGAAGCACUUAUGAGGAACAACCGGUUGUGAGGUUCCAGUACCAGACUCUGCUGGUGGCAGCAACCAAUACUCAGGGAGACUACGUCGCUUGGAGCACCUUCCCCCAUCUUAACAACAUGCUGGGGGCCAACCUCCGGAUCCCUGCUGUCUCUGUGAGAGAAGAGGACCAGAACCAGGAUGGGAAGUUGGACUUCCUAAACUUUCAACUGCAGCUACCUCUAAAACCUGAAGAACAGGUGUACAGUGUCCAACUGCUGCUCACCUUCAGCUACAAGCUCUUUCGAAUGUCCACAGUGGUGAUGCAGAGCCUGGCUUAUGUGCAGCACUCUUCUUCUGUUCCCGGUGCUAAGCUGUUCAUCAGCGGAGACCUAAGGUUGCUGCAGAGGACACCCCUGCCUCACCGAGGACUGUACAACAUUUACAAUGUGUCAGUGAUCGAUGGCUCCAGCCCCUUUGCAAGUGCGUAUGACCUUGACAACAUAAUUAGGAGCUACCAGGAUAGAAACUUAACCACAAUGCUGUCCUGUCCCAUGCCAGUUUGGACUGUGGGACGAGCUGCUGGCUCUCCCUUUCAGCUUAAUGCUGAGAUCCGUUACCCUAUGGAGGUCAUUAGCUAUCGUCCUGGCUUCUGGGAAACCAUCAAAUAUGCCUGGAUUCAGUAUGUCAGUGUCCUCCUCAUCUUCCUCUGGGUCUUUGAACGCAUACAGAGAUUUGUUUUCCAGAACCAGGUUCUAACCACAGUACCCAUACCGGUGGGAAAACCUCAUCUGUCAUGAUGCAGCGGUGGAGCGUUGACCUCCAGGUUUCUAUGCAGGCCCUCCUCUACAGGAAGUGCACUCAUUCUUGCCAUGGAAAAUGCAUUUCUUCUUUUACUGCUAUUUGAAGCAAUGGAAAGUUAUAGAAAAUAAAUAGAUUUUCUAUAUUUGUACUAUUUGUAACUUGAUAACAAUUUGUGACCAAUAAAAAAAUGAUUUGUUCAUAUUUGUAUUGUACAAAGCUUUAGGUGAUGUAUAAUAAAUGUAUACAUUUUAACAUUUAG